UUGUUUUAUUUUGGUUUGCUCGUCUUUUCCUGUUCCUACGUCCUUGGAAUCAAACCAACCAAUCUCUACGCACGGAGCUGUUGAGCGAGCCAAUCAGCUGUCGCUGCGCUGCGCUCGCGAGCCAAUCAGCGGUCAGAUCGCUGUUGCUGUGAGUCGGGUUUGUUUGGGUUUAAAGAGUCGCCUAGUGAUCGCUGAGGAGGAAGGAAUAAACGCAGGUGUGGAGAUGAAGAGUCUCAGUGCCGCAUGAGCAUCAUGGAGUUCCGCUUCGGGAGCAUCGUGUUCAGCUCGCGCUUCGACUCGGGGAAUCUGGGCCGCGUGGAUCGAGUGGAGCGAUCCGAACCCAGCGCCUCAGCGCCGCCGCCGCAGCCGCAGCCCGACUACGAGUUCAAUGUCUGGACCAGACCCGACUGCGCCAGCACCGAGUUCGAGAACGGCAACCGGUCGUGGUUUUACUUCAGUGUUCGCGGGAUGUUGCCGGGCAAACUGCUGAAGAUCAACAUGAUGAACAUGAACAAGCAGAGCAAGCUUUACUCGCAGGGCAUGGCUCCGUUCGUCCGCUCGCUGCCGGUCCGAGCGCGCUGGGAGAGAGUCCGCGACAGACCCGCCUUCCAGAUGUCGGACAGUCAGUUCAUCCUGUCGUUUGUUCAUCGUCUGCUGGAGGUGCGCGGCGUCAUCACGUACUUCUCCUUCUGUUAUCCGUUCUCGUACACCGAGUGUCAGGAUAUGAUGCUGCAGCUGGACCACAGGCUCCUGAGCGCCGCACACAGUCCGCUGGAGAGCAUCUACUAUCACCGUGAGCUGCUGUGUUACUCUCUGGACGGUCACAGGGUGGAUCUGAUCACGGUUUCGUCGUGUCACGGUCUGCUGGAGGAGAGAGAACCGCGGCUGGAGCGACUCUUCCCUGACCUCGGCACGCCUCGACCGCACUGCUUCAGCGGCAAACGGGUGUUUUUUCUGAGCAGUCGUGUUCAUCCCGGUGAGACGCCGUCCAGUUUCGUUUUUAACGGUUUCCUGAACUUCAUCUUGAGUCCGGACGACCCUCGCGCUCAGACGCUCCGCAGGAUGUUCGUCUUCAAACUCAUCCCCAUGCUGAACCCCGACGGGGUCGUCAGGGGUCACUACAGGACGGACUCGCGCGGCGUGAAUCUGAACAGACAGUAUGUGAACCCGAGUCCAGAUCUGCAUCCGUCCAUCUACGGCGCCAAAUCUCUGCUGCUGUACCACCACAUACACAAUCGUCUCUGCAACAGCACGCCCUCCGCCCUCAAAACCUCCAACCAAUCAAACACCACCCCUCCUGUGACCACGCCCACUGAACUGGAGCGCUGUCUCAACCUGCGCAAUGAGGCGGAACGAGGGGAGGGGCCGACCCUUGACCUCUCUGAGAUCCCCAUGCAGCUGGAGGAGAGCUGGGAGAAGGGCGGAGUCGAGAGGGAGGCGGGGCCCUGCGAUGAGAACGAAUCCACGCCCAGCAGAGGCGACGCGCCGGGUGUGACAAACCCCACCCCCUCCGAGGAGAUCCCGCCCCAGGAGAGCGGUGUGGCCUAUUAUGUAGACCUGCACGGACACGCCUCCAAAAGAGGAUGCUUCAUGUACGGCAACAACCUGCCCGACGAGAGUCAGCAGGUGGAGAACAUGUUGUAUCCGAAGCUGAUCUCGUUAAACUGUGCUCAUUUUGAUUUCCUGGGCUGUAAUUUCUCCGAGAAGAACAUGUACGCUCGUGACAAACGUGACGGCCAGUCGAAAGAGGGCAGCGGGCGUGUGGCCAUUCACAAAGCCAUCGGCCUGAUCCACAGCUACACACUGGAGUGCAACUACAACACGGGCCGCUCGGUGAACAGCAUCCCGCCCGCCUGUCACGAUAACGGGCGAGCCACGCCCCCGCCGCCGCCCACUUUCCCACCCAAAUACACGCCGCAGGUGUACGAGCAGGUGGGGCGAGCGGUGGCCGUGGCAGCGCUGGACAUGGAGGAGAGUAACCCCUGGCCGAGGCUGGUUCUGUCCGAACACAGCAGCCUGGUGAACCUGCGCGCCUCCAUCCUCAAACACGUGAGGAACAGCAAGAGCCUCGCCUCCAACACCCGCAGGAACCCGGCCAAAACCAGCAGCCCGCCCAAACCCACAAGUCUGAGCACGUCUGCCUCAGAGAACGCUCUGAACCGGCCCCGCAGUAACGCAUCUGCUCCCGGGAGCCGGCAGACGUCUCCUCAGCUCAAGACUUCUCCCAGCUUCACCUUCGGCUGCAGCCCCUCCGCACAGCGGCCCUCACACCGGAGCCUGGGGCCCGUCAGAGAGAGUAAAGCGCAGGAGAAGCGGCGUCCUCAUCAGCAGCAGCAGCGGCUCUCUCUGGCCCUGGCCCCGGCCCCCACGCGGCCCCCUCUCUCUCCGACCUCCUCUUCCUCGUCCUCCUCGUCCUCGGGGGCCCCGGGCCCCUGCUCCAUCAGUAUGGCAGGCAGCAGCUGCCCUGAGCUCCGCCCAGACGGACAGAUCAAAGAGAUUCAAAUGUGUGGUGGGCGGGGCAAGUCCGAUAGAGGCCCCGCCUCUCACCCCCCCCAGCAGAGGACGGCGCUGCUGUCACAGGAGCCGCUGCGGGAGUCUCUGGAUGUGUUGACGUCUGUGGUGUACAGCAGAUGUGAGCUGCAGCCUCGGCCCAGCCGGAUCCCGGUGCGGAGAGAGCUUCAGCUUCAGUCCACCGGACCCGAGACACACACCCUGAGAGCCUGGACGCUCAUCAAACCCGGCAUCAAGCAACACUUAGCGGGUGUUUCUGGGACAGACAGUUCUUCUCUGCGUCUGCUGAAGAGCUCGUCCUGUAGCUCUCAGAGCUCUGGAGACGCAAGCAGACGGACAGAUGAACACACACACAGAUCUCUGCAGACCUGAGAAACACUAACGGAUCUGCUCAUCUACACACACUCAUGUUAGAGGAGCAAAUCAGCCAACACUGAACGCGCUCGUCCCAGAUCAGGAGGAGUGUGUUUCUGCAUCAGGUUUGGAGAAAUGUGUCUCAGCGAUGGAUGCUCUGCAGUGAAUGGGUGCCGUCAGAACGAGAGCUGAUAAAAACAUCACAGCACUCCAGUCCAUCAGUUAACAUCUGGAGAAGACAAAAGCUGAAACAAAUAAUCCAUAAUAACGAAAAAGUGCAUCUUCUGUAAUCUCUCACAUCAAAACCCAGCCACAUGUUUGUUUAGAGCUGUUCUGGACUGUUUUAAACGCAGAUUUCUCUCCUGAUUCACACCAGAACACUUCUUCACUGGAGGAAGCGUUAUUAUGGACUCAAUGGUAUUUUAGUUAUAAACGCCUUAAUGCUGGGUUUGUCUCAGCUUUUGUCUUCUCCAGAUGUUAACUGAUGGACUGGAGUGCUGUGAUGUUUUAAUCAGACUCUCAUUCUGACGGCACCCAUUCACUGCAGAGCAUCCAUUGCUGAGACACUGAUGCAGAGACACAUUUCUACAAACCUGAUGAAGAAACACACUCAUCCUGAUCUGGGACGAGCACAUGAUCAGCAGAUCUUCAUGUUUGUCUGAACCGGUCUAAUGAAGUGAAAUGUGGUUUGUGGUGUUCAGCGGUGCUGUGGCUGCUUUCAUUGUCCAUUAAACACAAGAGCAACAGUUUAAUUCCUACAGACACAACAUGAGCAGGAGAACGGGUCAUCAGACCCAUUAUUACUCACAACUACACUAAAGCAGCACCUCCACAAACGAGCAUUGUGAUUUUAAAGGAACCCUUUUAAUAAACGUGUGGCUCAUGUGAUGAGGGAAGGAUUGUGGUGCUCAUUAUCACAGACCGAGUCCGUUCACGCUGAAUUAAAUGCCGUUUCUCUGUGAAGCUUGUGCCGUUAGAAAGCAAUAAACAUCCAUGUGUAUUUCUGAAAGAAA